AUGGAAAAGUAUACAAGCACAUCUAACUGCAGAACAAGUAAUACUCUUAAACAUGUUACUUGUCCAUUUUGUACCCUUACAAAAAAAACCUUCGAAUUGGAGAAAUAUAAAAAUCACGUUCAACGUGAGCACCCUGAAAAAGUUGGAUCGACUGAAUUCAACAGAGUAUACAACUGGCGAAAAAGAACAAAACAUAGAUCUAACCGGAAUAAUAGUAUGGAACCUGUGAACCACAGGUUUACUGAAUAUACUCAGCCUGCAUUAGAAGUAUCAAACCCAAACGUGGCUACCGGUAGCGACUCUGAUGAUGGCACAACUAUGGCCGAAGAUGCCGAAGUUCACGAUACCGAAGAUUUUUAUUCUGAUAAUGAAGUUUACAGUUCUUGUGAAGAGGAUUUUGACGGCGAAGCUGAUAUCAACCAAGGGUUCCUUCUCAAUACAAUUGUUCCUGUUGCCCAAAGUUUUGAAAACAUUUCUGCUGGAGCUGGUGUCACUAACGUGGAAGACGACAUUGAUCGACUUCAUUAUGCGUCCAGUGUAAUGGAUGAGAUGGACAGUAUCCCGGCUAUGUCAAAUCCUUUUGGUUCUCCCUUGCAAGGACUUAUCCACGGAUUUUUUUACGGCGAUGAGGACUUCAAGUCUGAAAGAAUGGUCAAGCAGAUUCACUAUCUUCUGGAAGUGACUUUGAAGUUACAGGAAGCUUCAAAAGUACCACUGGUUUUACCUGCUCCUGACAGAAUUUUCAACUUUCUUACGAUGGUAAAAUCCAAAAUCCCUGGUUUCGCUCCUGUCGAACGCAAGGCUCGCAACAAGAAAGGGGAGGAGCAUUCGUUCUUUAUGAAUGAACCCUCCGUGUACCUGGAACACCUAGUAGCUACUCCUGGUAUGACUAAAAAGAUGGCUACACUUCCUGAUUAUACUUCAAAUCGAUGCUUUCACUUAAACGACGGCACAAAAUGGAGGAAUCACCCAAACUUCCAAACACCAAUGGUGACCGCGCAUGGUAAACACAUUCGGGUCGGUGAUCUAGUCGAGAAUAACAUUGGCAACUGUUAUCUUUUAAGUAAGUUUGUCACAGUUGCAAAGCCAAUUUCACCUGGAAUUCAUGUUGUUUGUGAGGCUUUCGAGGUCUUACAUGGUGGUUUGUCAAGGGGCAACCAUAUGCCGUUUUUGGAUUCAAACACGAACUUUGGAAUUGUUCCCGAGAAGCAUUAUUUAGCAGUAGACCAUAUUGAUAAUGUUAUUUUGAAGCUACCAAAUUUCAAAGGAGAUGGAUGUACCGUAGAAUACAAUACUAACGGCGAAAUCUGUCUCGUGGCAUUUGGUCUUAAUGGUGAUAUUUAUAAUCUUUGGAACGGUCUUCAUUUCAGCACAAAGUUUAAGAGAGUUCGACCUAGCAGUCCCAAUGUCCAACAACUAAUGAAAGUCAUUAUCUCGCCCAUUAUCCUCUGGUCUGAUGACACUUCUGGUAACAAAUCCAAGCAGUACAGUGUAUUUGAUAGCUACCUGAUGUACUUGGCUGCAAUGCCCAUGGAAGAGAGAAAUCACUGUGAGAAUACCAUGUUCAUUUGUACUUCUGACAAGAACUUGAAAGCUGUUGAUAUGGUAAGCUCUCUAAUUGAUGAUCGCGCAAAGCUGGAAGAUGGAAUUGAGGUGUAUUCUUACGAUCAUGGUGAAUAUAUUCUUUUGGUCGCGCCUCUACUCUUGUUGACGGCUGAUAACCCAAGACAUUCAGAAUUGGCUAUGCACAAAGGUACUAAAGCUAGACAUCCAUGCCGUGCGUGCUUACGUCGAAGCAAAAGAAAGUUCGACGUGGCACAUAUCUCCCACGACUAUCCCAAGAGACGGUUAGAGGAUCCUCACGAAGUUGUUCCGUGCAAAGUAAAUGAUCCACAACGCUUCAAAAUGUUGGAUCAAACAUACAGUUUUUCCGUCAAUGGUAGUGAGGCAUUUCUUCGUCUUAAUGCUUUUGAUCUCACCAGGGAUUGGCCUGUAGAAGUCCUCCAUACGCUUCCAUUUGGUUGCGUUAAAUACCUUGUCGAUUAUCUUACCAAAACGGUCCUCUUUCCAUCCGAGAUAGUCACUCUUGAUGCGGCUUUGCAAUCCUCAAGAAAUCGUGAUGAUUACCCAAGAACCUUUAGAAGUAGUCUUCGUCACAGUGGUUCCUUUGUUGGUAGAGAUUACAAGCAGGUGGUACAAGUUCUUCCUACGGUUCUUAACAGGGUGUUCACUGACGAAAAUCGAUUUGUUUUAUUUAAAAGAUGCUUCACAUCCUUGGCAAAGUUAUGUUCAUUGAUCUACAUUCGUGGUGUGGAAUCUAAGUUUGACAAAUACAUACUUUGGUUCGAAAAUUCAUUGAAGGAUUUCACAUACCAUUUGUACGGUCUGGAUAAUUCCAUUUGUCAAACCACAAAAUCGAAGCCCCCGUUAGUCUCGUUACGUCCUAAGGUGCAGAUGCUGUAUAAUUUGCUUGAGGAUAUCAUACGAUUUGGUUGUCGUUUACAAUACGAAACAGAAAGCUCUGAACAAUUCAAUAAGCUUAUUCGUGAGCAUCUGUUUUUGACUAACAGACAAUAUACUUCUAGAGAUGUUGCGAAGCGUUUCGGAAAGCAGUUCAUCCGUCGACAGAUAUUUAAUGGGUUUUCUUUUAAACACACAAAAGAAUGGAAAGAGAAUGGCGUCAAGUACGAAGGAGAUCUGGGUGAGGGUCGCUGGCUGUCGACUAUUCGAGUAGAUCGCCUCGGCAAUGUAUUGAUUCACCCGAGCAACAUCGUCCCUGUUGGUAAAGAUUGGAAAUGCAAAGAUGUAAUGGACUUUGGUUUUAUUUUUGACCAGCAAAGAGACAUUCGGUUGAUCAACAUCUCAAAGUUUGGCACGUACUGGUCUUUGAUAGUAAAUUUGCAAUAA